UUAUAGUCCCUCUGGGGUGUAACAGUGGAGGGAUACGUGAGCAUUUCAGUAUAAAAACCACAGCCCUUUGUUGCGUUCCUGAUUUGUUUCCUGUUGAGAGCGGCGGGUGUGUUACUCUUCGGUGUAAUAGAAAAAACACUUCUGUGACAAUGCAGAUCUUUGUGAAAACCCUGACUGGCAAGACCAUCACUCUAGAGGUGGAGCCCAGUGACACCAUUGAGAAUGUCAAGGCCAAGAUCCAGGACAAAGAAGGCAUUCCUCCUGACCAGCAGAGGCUGAUCUUCGCUGGCAAACAGCUGGAAGAUGGCCGUACUCUGUCCGACUACAACAUCCAGAAGGAGUCAACCCUCCACCUGGUCCUGCGUCUCAGGGGAGGUAUGCAGAUCUUUGUGAAGACCCUGACUGGCAAGACCAUUACCCUGGAGGUGGAGCCCAGUGACACCAUUGAGAAUGUCAAGGCCAAGAUCCAGGACAAGGAAGGCAUUCCUCCUGACCAGCAGAGGCUGAUCUUCGCUGGCAAACAGCUGGAAGAUGGCCGCACCCUGUCCGACUACAACAUCCAGAAGGAAUCAACUCUCCACCUGGUCCUGCGUCUUAGAGGAGGGAUGCAGAUCUUUGUGAAGACCCUGACUGGCAAGACCAUUACCCUGGAGGUGGAGCCCAGUGACACCAUUGAGAAUGUCAAGGCCAAGAUCCAGGACAAGGAAGGCAUUCCUCCUGACCAGCAGAGGCUGAUCUUUGCUGGAAAGCAGCUGGAAGAUGGCCGCACCCUGUCCGACUACAACAUCCAGAAGGAGUCAACUCUCCACCUGGUCCUGCGUCUUAGAGGAGGGAUGCAGAUCUUUGUGAAGACCCUGACUGGCAAGACCAUUACCCUGGAGGUGGAGCCCAGUGACACCAUUGAGAAUGUCAAGGCCAAGAUCCAGGACAAGGAAGGCAUUCCUCCUGACCAGCAGAGGCUGAUCUUUGCUGGAAAGCAGCUGGAAGAUGGCCGCACCCUGUCCGACUACAACAUCCAGAAGGAGUCAACUCUCCACCUGGUCCUGCGUCUUAGAGGAGGGAUGCAGAUCUUUGUGAAGACCCUGACUGGCAAGACCAUUACCCUGGAGGUGGAGCCCAGUGACACCAUUGAGAAUGUCAAGGCCAAGAUCCAGGACAAGGAAGGCAUUCCUCCUGACCAGCAGAGGCUGAUCUUUGCUGGAAAGCAGCUGGAAGAUGGCCGCACCCUGUCCGACUACAACAUCCAGAAGGAGUCAACUCUCCACCUGGUCCUGCGUCUUCGUGGUGGCAACUAAUCAAGUUGAGCUGUGCACUUUUUUCCCCCCUCUGUAACCCCAACCACCACCCCCCUUAAAUGUUUUAAAUUCAAUAAAAUUUAAGCAUUCCUGAA